AUGGUGACAUUUAAGGAGGAGAUUUAUAUGGAUCUCCCUCAUGGUGUUCCUGUAACCUCUAAGGAGGGUGUUGUGUGUGAGAUGCGGAAAUCCUUAUAUGGAUUGAAGCAGUCUCCAAGAGCGUGGUUUGGGAGAUUUGCAACAUCUAUGAAGAAAUUGGAUAUGUGCAUAGCAGAAAUGCAAAAUCUUCAAAAGUAUUUGGCUUCCAAGUUUGAGAUAAAGUCAUUGGAUGAUUUGAAGUACUUUCUUGGGAUUGAAGUUGCUAGAUCUAAAUAUGAGACUGGAAUGUUGGAUUGUAAACCAAUUGAUACCCCUAGUGAUAUCAAGUCCCUAAAGAUAAAGAGUUCUAGUGUCGAGGCUAAAUACGUGGGAUGGCUCAAGGGUGUGCGAGUUACUAUGGUUGAGAGAUUGUUGAGAAAUCUUGAGUUCGGACUAGGGGUGGGCACGGUACUGUACGUACGGUAUGAGCUAUACCGUUACCGAUACCGGAAAUUAAAACCGGUAUGGUACGGUAUGUGA